UGCUCGCCUCCUUGCGAUCACACGACCCGUGAUGCAUUGAUGAUCGAGUAACACUAUACUAUGCUACCCCCAACUCAGAGUUGGUUUCAAUGUCACUAUCGCACGUCUACGAGGCAUCAAGAACAUUUAACGCGCAGGUCGGGAUGGUUUCCAUCUCCUCAUGGCGGCGAGAUAUACAACGAGGUACUUGAGAGUUAUUUUCUCAGAGCAAUCAAUGACUAUUCGCUUCCAAUUGCUCCGGCCUGUCAGGCUGUCACGCCUAGACCAGAUAUAGAUUAAGAUUUGUUUUGAAGUUGGUUGUUUUAUCACCCGGACUAAUAGUUGUACAAUGAGACAUAUCCUGGCAGGUUUGGUGCUCUCGAGUGCGCUUGUUGCCCGUGCGUGGGAUGGGCAACCAACACACAUUUAUGGCGUUAAUUUGGGUUCAUGGUUAGUCCUAGAGCCAUGGAUGCUUCCUCAAGAGUGGUUGGAUAUGGGUGGACAGUCAUGCGCUGAUGAUUGUUGGACAUGCAUUGCGACUGAGUCGUCAUUUGCAAAGGCGUAUCCAGACACCGUUGAUACUACAUUUGCUCAACACUGGGACACGUGGUUUACGCAGGACAACGUCAAUACGCUGAAGGCGGCCGGUAUUAACACCGUCAGGGUUCCUCUGGGAUAUUGGAUUGUGGAGGCCUUAGUCGAUAGGUCCCACGAAUCAUACCCUCGGGGCGGUCUCAAGUAUUUGCGUCGGGGCUUGGGCUGGCUGAAAGAUGCUGGGAUCCAAGCGAUCCUGGAUCAUCAUGCAUUACCCGGGGUUCAAACGCCUGGGCAAAUGUUCACUGGAAAUUGCACUUCCGAUGUUCAAUUCUACACUCCAUACAACUACCACCGUGCACUGGUGUGGACAGCGGUCAUGACUGCGCUUUCUCACCUGGACCCUGAUUUUGGAAGUGUCUUUGCGAUCGAGGCAAUCAAUGAACCCAUUAUGAACGCGACUCAAACACCCAACUAUGGCACCUUCCAAAGAAACUUUGUCCAGGUAAUCCGCGCAGUUGAGCUCACACUCGGAAUAUCUGCACCGUCAUCCAGUUUGUCGCUAUCGGUACCACUGUCAGUCUCGAACAACUUCACUGCUGCACUAAGUGCGACAUCUUCAGCAACCAUAUUCCCAGUGGAGGUGCGAGCGGCACUUUCAGAAGCCGUUCCAAUUUUACUAGCGAUUGGAGUAGCUUCCGGUUUACAGACCAUAUUCGAAGCCUCACCCUUCAAGCGGUCUCGUACUUCAUUGGUGACCAAUUUCAUGGAUGUGAACUGGCAGUACGAUAAUCCCUCUAAUCCAGCUGACGUGGCGAUUGGUCCCCAAGCUUACGACAACCAUUUGUAUUACUCGUUUGGUGGAGUUGCGGCUGCUGACCCAACGUCUUACUUGAUCAGUAUCUGUAAUCUUUCACGUAUCCAGGCUGACGCAGCGGUCGGCGACUCUCCACUCUGGUUCGGAGAGUGGGGACUUUCGACGGAGUUUAAUGCCACAAACGAGUUCCUCUACAAAUGGGCUGACGCACAGAAGUUGGCCUAUAGUAAAGGUGCCGGAUGGAUUUACUGGAACUUCAAAACCGAGAUAUCACCCCUCACCAAUGGGAGUGCACUUGCAAGGCAAUGGUCUUACCUUGAGGGGUUAAAACUCGGGUUCUUGACCCAGGACCCUGCAGCGUUCCACGAUCCGAAUGUGUGCGUUCCAUACAUGAACAGCACCACCAAUAGCACAAGUUCAUGAUGUGCGUUCUUGGUACCUAAUAAGCGACAGCGCUGAGCGCACCUAUAUUAAUCCCUGCUGACCCAUCAUUCUUUUGUCAACAUUCCUUACUGAUUCCUUAGAAUGAUCGUGCUGGUUUUCUCGCUAUUAUAACGAAAUUGGUCUCAGUCAGACCACUUAAAGCUUACUAGUCUAGUACAUAUUAUAGGCGAAGUUGUCCAUAUUACAAUUGAUAAGAUAAUCGAAUUGAUACAGGCCGG